UCAUAAUCGGUAACUGCGUUAUCUAAGGGAAGCUUUCCAGAGAAUUCAGUUAAAAGUAAAAAUGUCUCAAGAUUGGAAUUUAGUUCCAACAUUUCGAAGAGAGUUUGACUUCUUUGAUCGGCAGAGAGAUUUAUUUUCGGAAUGGCUCCAUCGCUUCGAUGAUGACUGGCGGUUGAUGGAAUUUGAGGAUUCCGCGCAGAGGUUUGACAAAGAGCUAGAAAGGAUCAGAGACAAUCUUCACGUUCUAGAUAGCGAUGAUGCAGAGCUGAGUAUUGACAACCCUUUUAUCACAGAUCCAGAGGGAAACCGGAAGUUGUCACUGCGGUUCAACUGUAGCAAGUACAACCCCAACGAAAUUAUGGUGAAAACUUUGGACAACCGUCUCUGUGUCCAUGCAAAACAUGAAGACGAGACCGAACACGGGAAAAUUCACAGGGAAUUCACUAGAGAAUACGUCCUACCAGACAACGUCGAUCCAAACCAACUGAAAUCGCAUUUAUCGAAAGAUGGCGUUCUCCAGAUCGAGGCUCCUGCGCCACCAAGUGUUGAAGCGCCAAAAGAGCACGUGAUCCCUAUUGAGCAAUUAUAAACUGACCGUUCAACUCCGGUGACAUAAAUGUUCUUGGUCCAGUACUAAAAACUGUAAAUUCGUUCUCGGGAUAAUCUUUGUAAGGAUAUCAAUAUUCAGAGUUAUAUUUUGAAUCUUUCACAUUAGUUUAAUUUCAGAGACAAAUUAAACGGAAAGACAAAGAAAAUUCCAUUGUAUAUAGAGUUUGUUUAAAGGAAUUGCUGGAAGUCUGAUCAACCACCGGACUUUACAUCUGUAACAACAUGUUCUGUAAAAGUUAUGUUUUAAAAGUUGUUUACUGAAAAUUAAAAUGUUGUUUAUCAAAUAAACGAGCAAUUACAACGUU